GUUAAUCUUAGUUGCCUGCAGUUGCUGUAAAUUCCCCAAACUGACAUCUCAUCUGAAUCUCAUCAAAAUUCUACAGGCUUGGGGAUUUCAGUCUCUGGAGUAUGAAUGCUAAGCUGUUCGGUUCUGAGCUGUACUAAGAGGACAGGAAGAGCAAUGGCAGCCGCCGCUGUAGCAGCAUCUCACCUGAACCUGGACGCUCUCCGAGAAGUGCUAGAAUGCCCCAUCUGCAUGGAGUCCUUCACAGAAGAGCAGCUGCGGCCCAAGCUCCUACACUGUGGCCAUACUAUCUGUCGCCAGUGCCUGGAAAAGCUCCUGGCCAGCAGCAUCAAUGGUGUCCGCUGCCCCUUUUGCAGCAAGAUCACCCGCAUUACCAGCCUGACACAGCUGACAGACAACCUGACAGUGUUGAAAAUCAUCGACACGGCCGGACUCAGCGAGGCCGUGGGGCUGCUCAUGUGCCGGGCCUGUGGCCGGCGGCUGCCCCGGCAGUUCUGCAGGAGCUGCGGUUUGGUGUUGUGCGAGCCGUGUCGGGAGGCAGAGCACCAGCCUCCGGCUCACUGCACCCUUCCCGUCAAAGAGGCUGCAGAGGAGCGGCGGAGGGACUUUGGGGAGAAGCUGACUCGCUUGCGGGAGCUCAUGGGGGAGCUGCAGCGACGCAAGGUGGCCCUGGAGGGGGUCUCCAAGGACCUGCAAGCGAGGUACAAAGCCGUUCUUCAGGAGUACGGACAUGAGGAGCGCCGGAUCCAGGAGGAGCUCGCUCGCUCACGCAAGUUCUUCACCGGCUCCUUGGCUGAGGUGGAGAAAUCCAACAGCCAAGUGGUCGAAGAGCAGAGCUACCUGCUUAACAUCGCCGAGGUGCAGGCCGUGUCCCGCUGUGACUACUUCCUGGCCAAGAUCAAGCAGGCCGAUGUCGCACUGCUGGAGGAGACGGCUGACGAAGAGGAGCCAGAGCUCACGGCCAGCUUGCCACGGGAGCUCACCCUGCAAGAUGUGGAGCUCCUCAAAGUCGGCCAUGUGGGUCCCCUCCAAAUCGGGCAGGCUGUGAAGAAGCCCCGGACGGUGAACAUGGAAGAUUCCUGGACCAUGGAGGCUGCCGCAGCCCCUGCUGCCUGUACCUCCGUUACCUUCCGAGAGAUGGACAUGAGUCCUGAGGAAGUGGUCGCCAGCCCCCGAGCCUCACCUGCUAGACAGCGGAGUUCGGAGACAGCGGCCAGUAUCCAGCAGUGCCUCUUUCUCAAGAAGAUGGGCGCCAAAGGCAGCACACCGGGCAUGUUUAAUCUCCCGGUCAGUCUCUACGUGACCAGUCAGGGCGAGGUGCUGGUGGCUGACCGUGGCAAUUACCGUAUCCAGGUCUUCACCCGCAAAGGCUUUUUGAAGGAGAUCCGCCGCAGCCCCAGCGGCAUCGACAGCUUUGUGCUCAGCUUCCUGGGGGCCGAUCUACCCAACCUCACCCCUCUCUCGGUGGCCAUGAACUGUCACGGGCUGAUCGGUGUCACCGACAGCUACGACAACUCCCUCAAGGUGUACACCAUGGAUGGACACUGCGUGGCCUGUCACAGGAGCCAGCUGAGCAAACCGUGGGGCAUCACAGCCCUGCCGUCCGGCCAGUUUGUGGUCACCGACGUGGAAGGUGGGAAGCUGUGGUGUUUCACCGUGGACCGUGGAGCCGGGGUGGUCAAGUACAGCUGCCUCUGCAGUGCUGUGCGCCCCAAGUUUGUCACGUGUGAUGCCGAGGGCACCGUCUACUUCACCCAGGGCCUGGGCCUGAACCUGGAAAGCCGGCAGAACGAACACCACCUGGAAGGUGGGUUUUCUAUCGGCUCUGUGGGCCCCGACGGUCAGCUGGGUCGCCAGAUCAGCCACUUCUUCUCCGAGAACGAGGAUUUCCGCUGCAUUGCUGGCAUGUGCGUGGAUGCCCGUGGUGACCUGAUCGUGGCCGACAGUAGUCGCAAGGAAAUCCUCCAUUUUCCUAAAGGUGGGGGCUACAGUGUCCUGAUUCGAGAGGGUCUCACCUGUCCGGUGGGCAUCGCCCUCACUCCAAAGGGGCAGCUGCUGGUCUUGGACUGUUGGGAUCAUUGCAUCAAGAUAUAUAGCUAUCAUCUGAGAAGAUACUCUACCCCUUAGAGAACGGGGACUACCUUGCUAUUCUGCUUCCUAGCCAACUUUCCUUCCCUUAGUCCUUGGUUGUCUGUGGUAACAGUAGAGUAGACUGGGCCUGGGUCCCGAUUUCCAGGCAGGUUAUCCUAGAUUCUUAGAAGCUCUAGUUUUUAGUGGAUGUUCUUACUAUUAUUAUGAUGAGUAUUAUUAUUUGUUUUUCCCCUCUUUUCCUACUCCUCCACUGUAGAGCUUUAACAGGUAUUAGCUGAAGUCUGAUUAGAAACUAGGCAGGUCCAAUCAAGGCUCUUGUAGAGAAAGCUAUUUUAGACCUUUGCCCCUGUGUUUGAUAUUUACCUAUAUUGAAUUCUUAUCAAUCUCCUCUGGCUUUGAUGUCCCGGGCCCAUCGUUUCUUCCCCGUUACAAUGUACUUCAACUGUGAUCCUUUCUCUUCAUCUCUGGCUGUAUUCUGUGCGCAUGCUCCAGUGGGGUCUGCUCCACACCAGUGACGUUCCAGCCCUCCCAUGCCUGUAGCAUGAUGUCUCAGGUGUGAUCACCUUUACAAUGUGAGAGCGUAUUCAUUCAGUGCCACCAAGAGAAAUGCCCGGGACCCUUAGGGAAAUGAUACCCCUUGGCUGAAAGAUCUGUGCCAUCCCUCAUUACAGAUGUGCCAGAGAAUGGAUUGAUUUUAGCUAUUAGUGUUGAAGACUUCAGCCUGCUUUGUAAAGGAGCUCACGGGGUUAGAAGUGUGCCACAACGUAGACACAAAAAAGCAAACAGAAAUACUGAUGUCGCCAGCAAACUUGGUAGGCUCUAGGGUGCAGCACUGGUUCUGCUCUUCCCACUGACCUAAGUCCAGUUGCCUGAGAAAUUGUACAACACCUACCAGAGCUAACAAAAUGGGAACGUAGACACAUCUGCUUUCAUUACGAAAACAAUGAACUGUUGGGUAGUUAGUAUUUUCCUCACGUGAGUGCACACUGUUUGACUUCGGGAUUUUAUUUCUGUUCUUCUAUCAAGCAUUAAAUAAUUGAUAACUUUCUUCA